CCCCAACCAAAAUACAAGGCAUUUCAAAUAGACCACCGGAAGAAACCGUGUUCCUCUCUCAUUUUCUCCAAUUUCCUUACCCAAGCUCUGGUUUUAGACGCCCUUUAUAACAGUUGAGACAAGACAUUUUACUAAUUUCAAUCCAAGAUUGAGGCCAAUAAAUUCUUUAGUCACGUAAUCCUUUAGUGCCAUCAAUUUUCCCUUUGCGCUUGCCCUCUUGAGUUCCAAUUCUUGCUCUCGUGAGUUUUUACAGUAAUUUACUGUUUGAUGUUAUCUAAACAACGCUGGUGUUUUCGCUCACGCACGCACCACAAUUCGCGAGCGAAUCAUAUUGAUGUGGCUUGACAAUAACCCAUUCUCUGCCUCUUAUCUACUCCAAGUGUGAUUCCCUCCUCCUGGCUUCAUCUUUCCCUCUCUCUACUGUGUACCUUUGAUUCUCUCUCUCUCUCUCUCUCAAUAAUUCCCUUUCGAAAAGAAUAGAAUAAGAACAUUAUACUAUACAGAUUAGAUACAUAAAAAUAGAGGUUUUCAAGCCAAAGAUCUCGACUUUCCUUGUCCAAAACCAUGAAGGUUCAUCCGGUACCCAAGAAACGGAACAUCACGCUGCGGUACGACACCGCUUCGACCCUCUCUGAAUCCGCCUCGCUCUCCCUCCGCCAGAAGAAACUCCGGCGACUCCCUCACAUCUUCUCCAAGGUCCUCGAGCUUCCGUUCCACUCGAACGCCGACGUCUUCGUCGAAGAGACCGCCGAUUGCUUCCGAUUCGUCGCCGGCACCGACGACGAGAUCUUGCGCGAAGGGAUCAGGGCCCACACUGUCGAGAUCUAUCCCGGCGUCACGAAGGUCGUGAUACGCGGGGCCGGGUUUCUUGAGUUUUCGGUCGGCGAGUUGGAGCUAGACGUGUGGCGGUUCCGGCUCCCCGCGUCGACGCGGCCGGAACUGGCUACCGCCGGUUACGACGACGGUGAGUUGGUUGUGACGGUGCCGAAAGAUGUGAAUUUUAUUGGUUCGGACGUUGAAGAUGAUGAUGACGGUGCUCAAGUUUGGGGGGAAGGAAACGGUGGUGGACGGCUUGUUCUUGUACAGUAAUUCGAUCGGUACGCCUUCUUGAUUUCACCGUCCACUAGCGGGAGUCUCAAUAAGCCUGGUCGGAGCCCGUAUCGUAUGGACUGGCGCAAAAGAUUUGAUAGUAUGUGAAAAUUUUCGCAAAUACCAACUCAGUCUCAGGCUUUAGUCACCAAACCAAGUCUUGGGGCUUUAACCACCAAACCAAGUCUUGAGGUUAGCCAAUAGUAUCAUGUUGUUUGAGGGUUCAAGUGUCGUUUGAGUUUGAGUUUGAAUUUGAAUUUGAUGCUGGGAUGUAAGUAUUACGCACGUCAAACGGUUCAAUGAAUAAUUGCCUUCCGUUAA